AUGAGUGAAGAAAAUGUGGAAUGUUUUAUCGUGGUGGUUUUACUUUCUUUACUUUCGCUAUUAAUCAUUUUUGGACACACUUUGAUGUUGAUUGUACUGUGGAAAGAUCCGUUCAAGAGAUUCCGUACAGCGGCCACCACAUUCGUUUUUGGAAUGGUGUUCGCUAACUUCUUUAGUGGUUUGGGUGCGGGUCCGCUUUUGUCGAUUGAGAUCAGCUCUAGGUAUGGAGCUUUAGAUCUUUCGGGUAAAGAAAUAUUGUCUAACGCUGGCUUCUUUCUAUUUUAUUGGACCACAAGCGUGUCGUAUCUGUCGAUGCUGGGUUUAUCGUUGUGUCAAUACAUUGGCGUGAAGAUGCCUCAUAAACAACAAGGCCUCGUCACCAAAAAGACAACAGGAAUUGCUCUCGCAAUCAUUACGUGUAGUUCCUUGUUUAUCCCUUCUCUGCUGGUGAUGGGAGUCUCUUUCUCAAUGGUAGAUGUACUACAACUACACAUUGCAUUUCAACCCAGCAAUUUUCUUCUCUGUGCAGUUUAUGCCGCACUCGGGAAGGAAUAUCUGCGCCAGGUGAAACGCGCCAUAGAUUGUAUAAGCUCCAACGCAAGCUGUGUCCGCGUGAGAGACAGAAAUUUUACGCGAGCCAAUCUAUUAUUGCUUGCUACGGUUACGGCUCUUGGUGUGCCGAUAAUGAUUGUAUGGCACAUCUCAGUGUACGGGCAGAGACUAUUUCCCACGGAUAAGGGUUUACGAACAGCAUGGUCGACUACUAUCAUCAUAUUUUUCUUCAAAAUAGCUCUUGACCCACUUAUUUAUUGUUUAAGACUACCGGUAUAUCGAAGGGCGCUCAAACGCAUCUUUGAAUUUAGACAGCAUCGAGUAAGCGACGGCUGA